GUGAGCGACCGCGUCCCUUAUAAAAUCACAGCUAUAGAAAAAUUCCUAUAGAGAAGCCGUGAGUGGUGAAAUGAAAUAAAAUAAAUCGUGAAAAAGCUGCAAACUCAAUGUAAAACAGUGAGAAGUAAAGAUUUUAAAUAUAAAAGAGUACAGUUGUAAGAAAUCGUCUUAAAAAUAUAAGUGGGCAAGUUCAGCAGUCGCGUAAAAAGUGGUGAAAAUUUGCUUUCUAUUUUUCUGCUGUUGCUGUCUGCUUCGGCUUGCUUGUAUCGUUUUUCGUGUCCUCUGCUAAUUUUUGUUUUUUUUUUCUUUUCGUGGCACUGCCAUUGGGCAGAGUUCAUAACAUAUUUGAUGUAAGAAAUUAAAAGAAAUAAAUUUACAACGCACGGAUUACAAUGGCGUUGGACGGAGCAAAAUUGAUUUGCUUGUCGGAUGAAGCAGCUGCGGCUGCGGGUGCGAGUGAAGCGACGCCGACCGCAUCCACGGGGGAUGUUACCGGCGACAGCGCUGAUGCGGCUAUUGUCGAGAAUGCGGUGAUCGAGGCGAAAGGACGCAAAUUCACUGUGGGGUACUACAUGAACUGUGAUUAUGUGCUCGAUGAUCCUCGUGCAAUUGGAGUACAUUGCGAAAUACAAUGCGAUGCUUUCGGCCGGGUGACCAUUCACAAUAUGUCGGAGACGCAUCCAAUUAGUGUUAAUGAACAGAUUAUUACUAUAAAGCGACCUCUGUUGGAUGGUAGUCGUAUUAAGAUUUUGGAUAGAACAUUUUUGUGGCAGUUUCCCAAAUCUGUUGAGGCAACUGCAACCAGCGACAACAAAGAAGAUGAUGGAUAUACGGCCAGUGAGAGUAAAGUUUCAACACCACAAAAGUUAGUUGGUGUGGCAGAACAAGCGCCAAACUCUUGUCCCGAUCUCAAGCCUCAUCGAAAAGUGGAUAAACGAUUUACAGUGCAUAACUUUGCAUACUGUAUCAACUCUGACGACGAAGGCAACACUUCGUCUGAAUUGCCAAGUACCACCGACUCGGAGAGUACUGAGGAAGGUACUAACAGCAGAGAAUCUAAUAAAGCUAAAGCAACUGCGAACACAUCUGUGCAACUUACAAAAAUUGAACCUAGUAAACACGGAAUGUUGCCGACAAACAACACAUCUCAAGACAGCGAUAAUGGAAAGACAACCGUUGAAACUUUGCAUUCCGAACGUCGCAGCGUUACACCAGAACCAGAUCCAAGUGCGCCUACCAUUGCCAGUACUCCACUAAUUAAAUUAGAGGAUACACCUAAAAUGAAUUUAAUAAACUGUACACAAAAUAAGGAGAACAAAAGUACCGAAAAGAAACGACGCCUGCUGUCGUUGUGCCAGCACUCUGAUGUGGUGAUUACAUCGUUUUCACCACGCGAAACCGGAGUACGUAUCGAAAAGUCUUUCGCUGCAGUUUUUAAACCAGUUGCUACUUGCACUGCCACUACUCCUAAGAGCGUUUAUAGCACACCGAAAAGUAUGCUUUCUGGUUAUAACGACGAAGGUAGCCGUGAUUUUAUUGACUUUUCCACGCCAGCCACCUCAAAGAAAGCUUUGGGUGCACGUCUGCUGGCUAAAAAUUCCUCCAUGCAUUUAAUCGAUUUGACUACACCGAACAAAUUUGCACCAGCUCUUCAUCGUUCUCGCAUAGCAUUGAAAUGCAAUAAAACUCUUCCCAGUGAUGUAAAAUUGUCAACCACUCCGCUCGCAUUUACUAAGGUAAAAGAAAAGUCGGAGGCUGAGCAGGAUGUGCGUGGACUCCCAGUUACUCCGCUAAUGGCGGCGUCAUCUAGCAAAUCUUACACUGCAACGCCAAAAACUGCUGAGUCGGUCAUAAGUGUGGAUGGUUCUACUGACUCAUCAACAGUAGUAAUAGAGAUUUCUACAGAAGACUCGGCAACACCUAGUACUUGUUCACCAACAGUUCAGAAGAGUAUUUCUUCGAAGUCAUCGCAGUUUACAGCUAACCCGAGACAAUUACCCUCUACACCACUGCGUACACCUCAGUCCUUAAUGAAACGUGCCAUAUUGACCAGCGCCAAGAAACGGGACAAAAUCCCGUUGCGCACAGCGCCUAACAUUGCCACGCCAACUCGGCAUCUAACUUCUACACCUGCGCGUAAUACCAAUUUCGAAAAAAAUGAGACUACCAUGUCGAAGGUUUCAACUCCCAAUAAACGCACAGUUAUAGGCUCCCCAAGAUACGUCGCCGCAGCACAGCGUCGCAACUUUAGCGUUUCAUUAAACCGCAGUUUAGGAGUUGAAGGCAGCACCUCAGUCACUACUCGGGAAAGCCCGAUGGAAACUUCGACACCGUUACAUUCGCGUGGUACAGAAAGUAGGAAUGCUACAACUUCUGCAUCACGUCUGAGUGUAACAAAACGUACCUCACCGCUACACGGUGUGUGCAAAUCAUUCCGCCGAAAAAUUCUACCAUCGCAUAUUGCGAAGAGACGUCGUACGAUGGUGUCGCCUCGCAGGUAUUCGCUAUCAACAUCCAUUGGCGCACAACUUGUGACAAAGGCACGAAAGACACUUUGCACCGCUCGUACCAGCAACAACCGAACAAUUUCGCGUUCGUAUAGCCUACUAACAGCCGCGGUAAGCGGCCAAAACGACACGACGAAUUCAGCAGAGACUAGCAGUGCAGCUAAAAAGAAAGAAAAUAAAGAAGCUGUUCCAGAUACUGCAGGAAAUGAACUAAAAAGCGAGAUGUUGUCCGAUAAUAAUAAGAAUAAAGUGGAUGAUUUAAACCGUACCUUUACAGUAGAUGACUCGUUGGAGGAGAUAGAAGCUACAGAGGAGGUGAAAACUCAAAAUGUCACCUUUCCGUCUUUCAGAAAGGAUUAUGUUGAACAAACGGAGGAAUCUAUGACGCGCAAGCAAGAACUAAGUAAAAUAUUUUCGCCAGAGAAAACAGUAUCUGCCGGUGAUAGUGAGGCUGGUCUUGAUAUACCUGUAGAUGUUGCAGAAACCAAUGUUAUUGUACAACAUGAUAAAACGGAAAAAAGUUCGAAUGAAAAAAUGAAAAAUAUCACGACUGAGCGCAUAUCAGAGAGUUUCGCCGAAGUUGUAGAGUCGAAUGAUAAGUCCGAAGAGGCGAAUAAGGAAGGACUUGAGGAUCAACAUGUUGCUGAUGAAUCUGCAGAAACGUCUUCUACUAUUUCAAAAGCAACAGAACUAACUGAUUUCGCUCAAAAUCUCUGCAGCAAUAAAAAAUGUAUUUCUAAAACUGACGAACAAGAGAGUACUAAAGUAUCCAAAGACCAAGUUAUUGAAACCUUGGAUGCUGACGAGAUAAGUAGUAGUGGUUUGGUGGCUCAGCCAGAUAGCAAUGCUCCAUUAUCUACUGAGAUCCUUCAUCUUGAAGUAACGUCCAAACCUGCUGGAGAAUCACAAGGCACUGCAGAGUUGCUGGAGGAGAUCGAAUAUGUACUGAAUAAAUCAGAUGAAUUGCAGCAACAGAUGGGCAAAGAUGUGCACAACACGAGCGCGCCGAAUGAGGGCGUCGAUGAAUUGGAAGCAGCAAUUGCUGAGAACUUAGGUGACAAAACCGUAGAGCUUCAAGUUGUAGAAUCGAUCAAAAUUUCCGAAACCUCGGGAGGAGAAAAUACUUCAAAUAUAACAAAAUCAAGCGAACAUGCAGCGCGAUUGGAAGAUUAUGCAAUUGGUGCUCAGUACAACGCAGCAGUUAGUUGUGUUUCUUCAUCAGAAUUUCCCACUUCAAAGAAAAUGGUCUCCAGCGCUAAGACAAGCAUGGAAGAAGACAUGACUUCCAUUGAUUCUAAUGCACUUCCAUCAGUAUCGGAGAUUGCUUCCAGCGAACUUGAUGCCAGUUCAAUGGAAACUGAAGCCACAUCGAUUACAUCAGUGACUACGAGAAGUGAGAUUGAUGUCCCCAGUAUUGAAAGUAGUUCUGUAGAAAAACAAGUUCUAUCAAGAGAGCAAGAAGCGACAGACAAGCAUCCAGUAAUCAGUGUUGAAACUAAAGAACCCGCAAAUAUUACCACUCACCCCAAGGUGGAUAAAAUCGCGGUAGAUAUAAAAUCGACAACGAUAGAUGGAGUAACGUCCACAGACUUAGAACUGGUCAAAGCACUUAAAAAUACAUUAAUUGAACCAGAUUCUACAAUAGGAGUUAAACAAGAGACGCGCAUUAUGACUAUUGAAAACCGUCAGAACAAAAAUGCUUCCAAUGAAGUUAUCUGUGAAACAAAAAACACUUCCAGGGGAGAAAGAGAAGAAGAGGAUAUUACUUUAAGAAAAUUAUCAGAAUCUCAUAAAGACUCGCAAAAUACUCCAGUGGAAGAAAACGAGGUAGAUGACACAACAACCGUUGAUGAAGAAAAAAAGAUUGAUGAAGAAAGAAAGAUUGGUGAAGAAAAACAAAAAUUAUUGGAAACCGACCAAGGAUUACAAAUUAUAGCUGAUGGGUGUGAGCAUAAAUCUUCAGUAAAUGAUGUGCGGUCUUCGACUGAAUUGGAAGAAGCUUCACAUUCUGAAAAAAUUUCAGUCGAAAUAGCUACUGAUAAAUCCUUUGUGACGAACCCCAAAUCAGAACCAUUAGAGUCCAAAGAAACUAUUGAAAAAAUAACUUUCGAACCUGAAGUGACUAGUACUGAGCUUGAACAGCCUAGAGAAAGCCUACCAUCAAACGUGAUCGACACCAAUGAGGAACGGAAAGCAAAUGCACAGCCAGAACAAGCUGCUACGACAACUGUUGAGUCAGAAUCAACGUCAAGCGAUGCCGAGAAAACCGAAUCCAAAGUCGAAGAGCCAGUAUCAAAAAGUCGUGACGAAGAAAUAGAAACUGGAGAUGGAAAUCAAAAACUCGAAAAUGCAUCCAAUGACGAUGAAGAGAAAGAGAACAAAACCAUUAUUACCAUUACCGGUGAGGAUAAAAUGCCUACCAGCAUUGCUGCUGACAUUAGAACCAGUGACCUAGAGCCUAAAACUCCCAAUCUACGUGGAGUGCGGGAGAUGUUACGCACACCAAAGCACUCUGAAAACUCUACUCCAUGUUUUAUUGGCUUGCGUAAUCUAAUACACACACCGCAUGCCUCCACCAGCGCUGCAGCUGCGACUGCUGCAAUUGAAGAAGACAAUGAUGAGCUGUCAGGGGUGCAAACACUGCUUAAAACACCACGUCAUAACAAAAAAAAGAUUGAAACACCACAACACCUUAUUGAGAGCCGUUUUACGCCUCGACGCAGCACACGGCGCAGAUUUUCAGCAAAUGCGGAGCUUACACCCACGCGUUGUGUAACGCCAAUGUCGGAGAACAUGGAUAAUGUAGAUACACCGCGUCGUACCACUCGUCGUCGGGCAUCGGCAUCAGCUGAGGUAAACUACACGCCACAGCGGAUCACUAGACGACGUUCAUCAAUAAUGUUAGACAAUGAGGAAAUAGCAGCGGUAUUAACACCAAAAAAACGGGUUGGUUUACAUGCCAAACGCACAGUCUUAUUGGCAGAAUGCCCUGUAGCGGAAGACAUGGGCGCAAUUAUUGAAGAAGAACUCAAAGAAGAUAUGAAAGAAUCGAGUGAUGCUCAGAAACACAGUGCUGAAAGUAAAAAGGAUUCCGGAUCGGAGACAACUGUGCGCAACAUUACGGCAGUGAUUGAGGAGAGCAUUUGUGAGGAAGUAAGCACACAGAAGCAGCAGAUCGGUGAACAGAAAGUAUCGGAAGAAGAAGUAAAUGCGGAAAGUAAAGCAAUUAAACCUGUCGGACUACCUGAAGAACUGAAUCAAAGUGUGAAAAAUGCUGAAACGGCUAUUGAAUCUACAACUGAACCCUCAUUCACACAACUAAAAAAGAACGAAAAAUAUGCCGACGACAAUUCAACAAAUGUGAGAGAUGAUCUGAAAGCAAUGCCAACUACUGAAAUAAUUGAAGAGCUCGCACCUGAAACUGAAGGCGCAGCAGCGGAAAAAUGUGACAAAUCUGCCAAGAUUCUUGAUGAAUCUGACUAUGAAUAUGGCAAGGAAGUCAAAGAAGAAGUCGAGGCAACUGGCGACAACGACCUGUCACCUAAAACUCCACGUAAAUCCGUGAGAAGUAUUGACGCGUCAACAAAAUCGCCCAAUACGCCCAUAAUAUGGGGUGAGCGUGAACUGCUAAAAACACCAGAAGCAUCCGCUGACACUCCACGGAAUUUGGCGCAUACACCCAAAGUCAAUAUCACCUCAGACGCAAUACACUUUGAUGAUGAUGAAGAACAACUAUUUGGGCUAGUUAAUUUAGUUAAGACGCCCAAAGCUGCUUCAAUCACUGAGGAAAAAGACGACGAGGAAGUUUGCUGUGCAGCAGAAGAGCCUUCGACUUCAACCGCGGCACGGAAUGCAUAUAUUGGAAUGCGUGAGUUAUUGAAAUCACCCAAGCACACUAGCACGCCGCAAUAUCGUGGCAUGCGGGAAAUGCUACACACACCAAAAGCGUGUACCACUCUACAAUUAGGUGGCAUAGAGGAACUUAUGCAAACUCCUAAGCGCUCGGAGCUUUUAGCCCAAUAUGAUGAUGAAAAUGUAGAACUCGAUCAGUUCUUUAGAACACCACGUGCUAAAGACGUCAUGAUACCAGCCGAACCGGCAAGUGCUAUUCUGGAACCCAGUUACGACUCGAUGGUCGAUAUUAUGACUGCAACAACGGAAUAUGAUCUACAUAGCAGUAGCCAGCGACCGCUUGAAGAUAUCUACAAGACGCCCGUGAGUACGCGUUUGACUGAUGUUGAUACUAUUUCAGAUGAUGAUGAAGAAGGCGAGAAAAAGAAAAGUGAAGAGGUGGAUAAAAUGCCUUUUACAACAACAAAAAAUGAUGGUGAAAUAAUCGUACCAGAGACACCUGCGCCGAAUAUUGCUACUACCAAAAUAAACCUUUCCGCUGAAGAAGCUUUCGAGGAAUUAAUUGGUGAGCGCACGACGCUCGAUUAUACAACACCGCAAAAAGUGUAUGCACGCAAACGUCUAUCAGUAGCAGUUACUGGCACUGUAUCUUCGCCCUUCUCUGCAACAGACGUAAUUUCCGAUUUGCCUAAAACCGAUAUACAAGAAUGGGUAGAUCGUUUAGAACAAGGUGCUGAACCGGAGGAAGAAGACGAGCGGGAGUUGACUAUUUCGGCUUCAUUAUUAGAAGCGUCGAAAGUAACACACGAUCCGAUUGCUGCAUCGGUGUGUGGAACAAGUGGCUUUAGUGUGAAAGCAGAUACAACGGAGGAGUUGCUCGCAGAUAUGAGUGCUGUAUCCUCAACGGUUGAUCCAUUAUUGCCAAGUGCAGCCAAAAGUACCAAGUCUGUGGUCACAGCAGACGUUGAUGAUAAUGAGACUUUACGUCCAACUACACCCAUAGAAUCUGAAAUUAGUGGUAUCAACCUGCUUGAUCAAACCAACGAAUCUGUGUUUUCUGAGCCAUUGGCGGUGAGCGAUUCCGAUUCGGUACAAGAUAAACAAGAAAAAGAAAAUUCAUGUGUAAACCCAACUGAAACGUGCAGUGAAAUAGCAGAAGUUGAUGCCAAUAAAUCUAUGGCUGAAGAAGAGUUCCCUACAAUGUGUGUUGAGAGCAGUGAUUCGGAGCCUGAAGAAGAUAAAAAUACAAUCAAAGCUGCCAUGAGUGCGAUCAGCGCAAAACCAGGUGGAAUCACAAAUUCAGCAGGCAGCGCCAUUGCAACCGUUGUCGUCGAUGAAGGAACUGUUAAGAGUAUUAAUCAUACUCCAGGUACAGAGAUCAUAGAUCUAGACGGUUCUACUACAUCCGAAUCUAUUGAAUCCACGGCGAUAACCAACCCAAAUGCAGAGAAAACUUCUAUAACGACAGAUAUUCUAUCUGAGUUCAGCAACUUUCAGGCACAUAAGACGAUCUCCAGCCAACGAAUGCGCGCCUCUACCCCUAAUCGUAGCAGUAAGGUUGGGAAGCCCCAAUAUACACCAGGUAGGCGUCAAAGCAUGGGUGCCGAACAGCAACUUGCUAGCGUCUCCAUUGAUUUGACACUUGAAAAAUCUAGAUUGACGAGGGAAAAAGAGAGUAUUCCCGUGCGGUCAGAUAAUUGCAUAAUAGAGGUUGAUGAGGAGUACACAGAUGAAUCUGCUAAUGUGGCUGAAGAGACUGCCGAAAUUGCUGAAAAUGCACCUGAAAAGAUAAACAAAAUACAAAAUAAUAAAGCGUCCGCAUUGUCAACAACUGAAGACAAUCAUAACGAAUUCAGCAAUUUCCAGGAACAUAAAACGAUUGCUUGUCGAGGAAUACGUGCCGCAACACCAGAUCAAGUGAACAAAAUGCGCACACAUAAAAUAUCUCAAGCUCGUCGUCUAACGUUAGGGGCUGAGCAGCAUUUAACAGAUGUUAGCAUUGAUUUCAUGGAAGAAAAAACCAAACUAAAGCAAUCCAAGCAACAACCAGCUGAUGAAUGUAUACAAGAAAUAGAAGACUUUGUUAAUGCUUCCAACGUUACCGGCGCGGAAGAAGCGUUAGCAGAGGCACCACGGAAUGACGUCGACACAUCGGAGAGUACAGUUGUAGUAGCGAAAUCGACUGGUGAGCCAAAAGAGGAAACACUGAAAUCUUCAAAGGGUGGGGUUAAUGUAGAAAAUGAAAAGAAGGUUGAAGAAGAGAUUAUUGAAUCCACUCAACUGUUGGAAAAAGCCGAAAAUACAGUUGAGCUUGAAGAAGUCGAAGGUGAAAAAGCAAUUGGCAAAACCUCAGAUGAAUCUGCAGAAGACGCAGUACACAAUAUCGAAGCGGAAAUAUAUUCAACAGGUGUUGCAAAUGACGCUAAUUAUAUAAAAACAAUUGAGAAUGUUGCUGUUCAUUCGACUACUGAAUCGAAUGAUGAUGCGCGAACAAAACUAGCUGAACAGAAACCAGAUGAGCCUGACAGCAUAAAAGUGGAAGAGAUUGCCACCGAAAAACCAGCAAUAGAAGAAGUUUUACUUCUUGAAAAUGAAAACAAGUCCGAAAUGUCUCCAAUUUCCGAAUCUUCAAUCGGUAAAAGCACAUCUGGGCCAUGUGAUAACAUUCCUGUUGUGGCAGAGGAAGCUGGUCCCGAAAAAACUUUAGCGAAUAAGUUCAAUGAAAGCGAUAUAUUUGAUUUAACUGAUGAGCCACCACCAGAGACAAGUAAUACAACUCAAGGUGUUAUAUUUGAUUUAACUUAUGAGCCGCCACCAGAGUCAAGUAAUACAACUCAAGGUGCCAUAUUUGAUUUAACUGAUGAACCGCCACCAGAGACAAGUAAUACAACUCAAGAUGUUAUAUGUGACUUAACCGAAGAAGAAGCAUUUAUGGAACACCAUACAGAAGAAAGCAGCACACAGAACUCCAAUUUCCCAGCUGAACAAACUGAAGCAAUUAGCGCUGAAAGUGCAACACAAACGAAUGUAGGUGAAGUGGCUGAAGUGACGAAGAUGCCUCAGGAAAAUAAUGAAGUGUGUGCUGGUGAAAAAGAAAAUAUAGACGCCAAUGAAUCGAAAAGUAGUGAGGUGCCUUUCGAAACAUUUGCUGAAAAAACCUCAGGUGCUGUUGUAAGUUCAGAUGAAAUAGGCGCUGAAAGCCAGCGUCAAGUAGCGAGUGCGUUCGAAAAUGGCGCGGCAACACACAUAAUUGAACUGAAUAUUGCUGAAAAAGAAAGAGGUGAGCUCGGAAGCACUGCUGCAGAGCAGCAAAUAUCUGCGAACAAAGAAAACAUAUCGGUUGAUCGAAAUGAUAUAGAAGCCGACGAAAAAACUGAAGAGCAAGACGCAGCAGCAAUAGUUGAAACAGAAAAAACUCCUGAUGAAAUCGUUACUGCUGUACAAACAUCGGAGAAUGAAACUCUCAUUUUGGCCACAACAAUCCAGUCUGAAGAAGUUGGCGAAAUUCCCGAAAGCAAUUCAGAAACGUCACAGGCUGUAUUAGAAGUCCCAAAAGAAUCAUCUGUAGUAGACAGUCUAGAAAUGGAGUUGCCAAGUGCAUGCAACGUUACUGCCAUCAAAUUAGAAACAGCUGGUAAUAUUAGUGAUGCUGAUGAGAUUAUAGUUGAAGGUAGUGCAGAUGCUAACAGGCCUGAGGGGGAAAGUGAAGUCCUAGAUAAUGAAGCUGAGUCGGUAAUGCAAUUAGAAGAUUCAGUGAUUGAAUUGGACAGUGAUGUUGAAGAAAUUGUAAUAGAACCCAUAGCAAAUACUUCAAGCCAAAUUGCGAAGUUUAGUGAGCCUUGUUCUACUAUAAAUGAGCAAAAAUCAACGGAAAGUAUCUCUGAAAAGAAGGAAAUUGUAAUCGGACCAGAAAUUUCUGCUACUAUAACUGCUGAGAACGAAGAGGAAGCUUCCGAAAAGCCCAUUCCGGUAAAUAUUGGGAGUGGACUUCUUAGAAAGAUAUCGACCGAACAAGCAACAUCACCCCCGGUAGCACCAACAUAUGUGGCUGCAGCAGUUACCAAACUUGUAAUAAGUGAGAAAUUAAAAACAGAUGAAGAGGAACACAAAGCUAUGGAAGAAAGCGAUCAUUUGUCGACAGAAGAUCGUCCCCCAACUGAUGCACGAAUAUCACAAAAGUCACACCAAGGACACACAGAGAUAGGGGAAGAAAAAGCAGAAGAGGGCAUACAAGGAGAGUUGGAUGAAGCAACAUCAUCUGAUGUAAAAAAUCACCCAGCUAAGCGUACCAGUCGGGAACCAUCGCAAUCAAAACAAGCAAUCGAAGAAAAAAGUGAAAGAAUGUCUGAACCUACUUUUGAGAGAAAAGUUUUAAUUGAAGAACCAGCGCCUAUUGUAGAGGAGCUACAAUCAGAUAAAACAAUAAAUAUCGUGCCUGAAAAGGAGACAGAAGUAAAAAUCACAGAAGAAGAACCCUGCGAUCCUACUGCUUCCGCUACAAAGCGACAACCAAAUACACAUGAUGCUCGCAAACCAUCACUUAAGAAGAAAAUGGUCAGCGAAGGAAAAAGUGAGAAAAUAGAACAAACGACACAAAAAGGCGAAUUGGAAAUAGAAGAAGCUGAUUACGGAGAAUCGCCAGUUCUUAUCGACCCAGAAGAGAAACCACAAUCGGCAAUUGAAACAAUUCCAGAAGAAAAACAACCAGAAAUACCCCCUGAGAGAAUACCAGAAGUUUCUACAUUGCCAGUAUCAGUAGCUGAAGAAAAUGUAGAAGUAGCAGACGAAGACCAGACCUCUUCUGGUGCGAAACAACAGACAGUGAAACGAAGAGGUCGAAAGCCAUCGCGGUCUAAGCAAACGGCGGAAGAAGAUGAAAAACUGAUCAGGAAGGCAACUAUUGAAAGCGAAACAUUGGUUGAGGAACAUUUAUCAGCUGAAGAAAAACCACAUCUAGAUUCGGAAUUACCCGCAACGGAGUUAAAACAGAAAGAAGUAGAACACGUUGAACAGGUACAAGAUUUGAAGAUGUCAGAAACACCAACCGAAAAUAUCUCAAAGAUGUUGGCUCAGAAGGAAUCAGUGCCGUUGGGAGAAAAUGUGGAAGAGGUAGAGCAGCUAUACGAAGCAACCUCUUCAGAUGGAAAACAACAGCCAGCUAAGCGUAGAGGACGCAAGCCAUCACGGUCCAAGCAAACAGCCGAAGAAAAGAAGGAACCGAUUUCUAAGGCAAUCAUUGAGAAUACAUCACUAAUUGAGGAACCUGAGCUAAGGGACAGUGAAGAACCCAUAUCAGAGUCAAACACUGAGAACAAAACAUUGAUUGAGAAGUCAGCGGCAAUUGGUAAACUGACAACGAAGACAAAAACAGAAUCACAAUGUCUUAUAAAAGCAAACUAUGAGAUAUGUUUAUCGACGGCCAUUAAAGCGACGAAUAGUGCGGCAAACAAGCCUGUAGAAACUGAUUUACCAGGCACUAGCGCGAAAUCAAAAAUUGAAAAUACACCAACCUUAUUAACAAUGGAGGAGACUGAAAUUGCAUCCGAAGCACACCACAGCACAACCACACAAGAAACAAAAGAGGCAUCAGAAGAAAAUAUAACUUCAACCUUAGGAUUUGCCUCAGAAGCAGAACCUAUUGUUAGUGCUGAUAAUCAUGAAGAGAAACACACCCAAAGGUCGACACGACGUCCUCGUAAAGGGUCACAAUCCAGCCAAUGCUCCGCUCAAGAUGAAGAUCAACUGCCAACAACAACAACGAGACGACGUGGUGGACGUCGACGUGCUGAAACACCGAUUGAAGACUGUGUAGAUGAAGCCAUAUCACCUGACGCUCCAACAGGUAAACGGCGACGCGGUCAUGGCAAAACGACGGAGGGCGUACACUUGGAAGAUAUACAAGAAUCCCAAAUAAAUGAAUGCGAAACUAAAACCGAGAGUCAGGCACCCGGCACUGAAAGCGAAGAGAACACCAUUUUUGCUGUCAAUUUUGAAGAGGAGAAAGCACAAAGCAGGCAAGAAGUGGAAGCAAAGACAGACAUUGAUUCCAUCGCCAGGAGAUCAAGUGAUAAUAACGAAGUCGAAAGUCAACAGAUGGGAGAAGUCUUGGCUCUAGCUACCACUAAGCUUCAAAGCGAGCUAAAGAGUGAGGAGAUAAGUGGCAAGGCUCCCUCUACAGAAUUAUUGUCCAUCGAUACACAAAUAAAAAGUAGCACAAGUAAACGGCGACGAGGAAGAAGAGCUGCUGAGAAAACGAAAGAGAGCGUGGAGAAGCUUGCAAUUCCGAAAAACAACACUGAAAAUACAGAUGAACAUCAAAGUGAUGCGGAAGAGCUUGCGGAAGAAACAGCUACUGCAACAAUCAGUGCAGUAGAUUUAGUCGCCGAAAAAAUAAUCGAUCAUAAGCAACCAGAGUUAGCUGUUCCGAAACGUGGUAGACGUAAGAAAACCGUCUCGGAAUCAAGUCAAACUUCGAGCACAGUUGAAAAUAAUGAGCCACAUAUAAUGUCAAGGCGUCGUCGGGGGCGUAGGCCAACUACUGAGGAAUCUAUUGUUGAUACCGUACUUGAAGUAGUCAAAAGUUCUGAGACUAAUACUUUGUUAGCAAAGGAAGCUGAACUGAGCAAAGAAGAGGAUGUAGCACUUGUAACAGUGCCCGAAGCUGUAAAAGAUGAUUACAUAAUCAAAGCAGAAAUAGGGAAUAAAGAACAUCUCGCAGUAGAAGAGACUUCAACACGUGCACUGACACGAAAUAAACAAGCAUACAAGUCUACAGAUAUACAUGAGGGCAGUGGAGAAACCUCCAAAGUAACAGACGAAUUGAAGAUAGAGUCGAAGGAGGACACGCCAGUUGUGAAACUGGAGGAGCCAAUAAUAAAGAAAGCAACCAUUACGUGUCGCACGCGCGUUAAUCGGCGAAAGAAGGUAGAAGCUGAUGAAGAGCAUCAAAACAAAACUGAGGAAACUGAUGUCUCGCAUAAAGUGAACGAAGUUGCUGAAGCGGAAUCGGCUGUCGAUUCAGUAGGUGGCCGGCGAGGACGUCGAGGAGCUGCAGCAGCCGCUACAGUUGCAAUCAACGAAGUUUCAUCAGCUCAUAAACGUAGUGGACUGCGCGGUAAGAGCCAGCAGAGUAAGCCACAGACGGCACAGCCGCAAGAAAAUACCAAAAAAAAACCCGUUGUGGAGCAUCAUGCUGAAACUGCUACUGAACAUGAUGAAGAACUAUCAGCAGUUGAGGAGAAGAAGCCGUACAAAGUUGUACGUAAACGUCGUGCUUCUACAGCAGAAGCCCAAUCAGAUCAGAUAGAGGAAGCUGUUGAAAAAACUAAAACAGAAUCAUCGACGAAGACGAUGGUCAAACGCGCUCGUAAACGUCGCGAGUCACAUCACGAGGAGACUACAACUAGCUCGGUAGCAGCCGAGUCUCCCUCUGCGCCACCAACAAAACAACGCACUAGACGUAAACGAAAGGACUCGUUGCACAACGUUGAUGAGGCAGUUUUAAGCGCCGGUGGUGAUGAACCGCCAAAGAAACUCCCACAAAGUCGUAAACGCCGCGAUUCCUCGCUCGAUAGUAGUAUACAUGAAGGUGCUGGUGUUGAUGGGGACACCAAUGCAGGGGGUAAUACUUCGUCUUCAUCAACGACACCGCACCGCUCACGCAUUGUACCACGGCGUGCCGCUGCCGCCCAGGAGCGAAACUACGAUGAAAGUUCAGACGCGGAAGCACAAGUUGAUCUCAAGCGACGCAUCGAGAAAGCAUCUCUGCCAAAAACAAGUAGCAGCAGCAUUGCAACAGUAGUAGCUUCUUCGAAGCACCGAAGUUCAACUGUAGGUGGAACGCCUACAGUGGAGGUACAGCCAGAAGCAGGGGCGGAAAUCACUACUAAAACUUCGAGCACGCCUAUUUUAUCGACGAUCAUCACCACAAGUCGUGGUCGGCAACGCAAACCCACCGCACGAGUACAGCAGUACCUUGAAGAGGAGCGCGCCAAAGCUGAGACCCCGAAGAAGCGUUUGCUGCUUGGCGGCGAAACACCCACAUCACAAUCGCGCACCACACCUGCCACACGCACGCGUAAGACUUCCGCUACGGAAACGGAAGUAACUGAAAUGGCGAAUACGCCGGCGCGUGGGCGAGUGCGUACUGCAAAGGCGUUAGUUGUCACAUCAGAGGAAUCACGCUCUGAACUAGAACACACGCAUUCCGAGUUAGAUACCACACAUAGUGUUAGUCAUGUGAGAGGGCAUGUGACAACAACUGCUAAAGUUAUGAAACGGCCGACACGUCGUGGCAAACAGAUCCCAGCCACUCCCAUUCCGGCGGAAACUGAGCUGAGCGAAGCUGAGCAAGUGAUUUCUUUUACACCGGUGCAAGUAGACCAUACUGGAGGUAGCCGUGGAGGACGUGCUGCAAAAGCUGCGGCGUCAGCGGCAUUAAUAACAGAUGAACCUACUAACUCACACAAAAAAGCGCGUGUUGCGCGUACGCGGCGAGGCGCACAAGUUGUCACAACCGAGGACGAACAACACACAGAUGCUGAAACAAAAGAAGUUCGAGCGGAAGUAGGGGCGCCGUCAAUUGAUAUCGAAAAAACAAGCAAGAAGGAAAGAGCAGCAGCGACUGGUGGGCGUGGAGGAGGAGGUCGGCGUCGCAAUAAACAGCACGACGACGAGGAAGACACAAAUCUACCCACCUCACAGCACGGUUUAUUAGAAGAUAGCGAAGCGAGCAAUAGCGGCGGACCGCAGCAACAACAGCAAACCCUGGCUGUGGACGCCGAUGAUGAACAUGAGGAAGACGAAGAAGCGCUGAGGGUUGAGAAAGAGGAAGAAGAAGAGAAUAAGCCACUUGCAAUUGUUUUGGGAGAGAAAACAGCAGGUAGGAAGCGUGCCACAUCUACACGUAAAGCAGCCACUGCCGCUAUCGCUACCGAUUCGCCUGCGCCGAAGCGCGGACGUCGUCGUGCAGGCGGCAACAGUGCUGAGAAAAGUGAUGCCUCUCAUUUAGAUACAGCAGCAGGACGUGCGGUUAGCAUUCGAAACCGUAAAGUAGUGCGUUUCGAUGCCGCCACACCUUCAACCGCCGCCAGUGCAGUGAUGCCAGUACAAGUUAUUACCGAAAAUAUCCCAGUAACGACAGAAGCGACGGCCAAACGUGCCACACGUUCACGGCGAAAGUGAGCGAUAGGUCGGCAACGGGAAUGAUAGAAUGAAUAAUGGGAGUAGUCGCGCUUAAUAAUUUUUGUAAGCAUUUACAGAUUUUUUUCUCUCAUUAUUUAUAUACAUCAACAACAUAAUGAUUUUUGUUUAACUGUCACUUAAUGUACUUGCAAUGUGGAUAGCACUGCUUGCAAUGAGAAUCAUACAUCAAUUUACAACUCACACACAAACGUCUAUAUAUAUAUGCAUAGCUAUGGAUUAUCUUUAAAAAACAUAUUAGUUCAAUGUUGGCCUGACAUUUUUUGUUUACUCUUCAUUUUUUCUUACUGACUCUUAAUUUUUGUUUGUCUUUCUGUUUGAUUUUAAUAUAUCUUACAUUGCAAACAUUUGUUCUUCUUAUUACCUUAAAAAUUGAUUUUAUAAACACACACGCAUAGGUAUACUAUAUAUUUCUUUUUGUAUUCGAAUUAAAAAUAAACAUAAAAGACAAAAAUUAUGUAAUAGUGAAAUGCGUUUUUGUAUUACCUUCGGCGUUUAGCGUAGCAGAGCUAUACAUAUACAUACAUACAUACAUAUUCUCCCACAAAUAAAAACAUACAAGUUACGAAUAAUACCAACAAGCUAUAUUGUACUUUUAUGUCUAACAAAAAAAUAAAAUAAAAUAAAAAUAACAUUGAAUAAAAAUCA